UCACUGCAGGAGAUCUUUCACAGUUCAACAGCUAACUGCUGGUGAUAUCGAAGGCUGCGCGCACUGUUAACUCUUUUACGUAGAUAUUUUUUAGUUAUGAAGAGAGUUGAGGAAUCACAAGAGAUGCUAACAAAUUUGGAAGGAUCUCGUGUUAAAUUAUUAAAAAUAGCUGUUAAUACCGCUCUUGCUAAGGUUCUAUCUUCUUGCAGUAUGGACAAGCUCUCAACUUGUUUUACAAAUUUAAAUUCAACUCAAUAUGAAUAUUUAGAUAAAAUAUUUAAGCAAUUACAAAUUUUCAUGCAACAAAGCGUUGAGGAGGAACUGGAGAAAAUAUUAAAAGAAAAUCAAGCUAUAGAACGUCUUAACGCCUUGGAUAAACUUAUUGAAGAAUCUAAACAAUACGCUACCACGAGAAGACGAACGCAUUCAGAAACGCCUGAAGAUUUAGUUAAUAAAAGAUUGUAUUAUAUUAAGAAAAGCUACCAUAAGAAAUUAGUAGAAAAAGUUGAACAGUUGCAAGAAAAACACGAAAAGAUUGUAAGUACUUUGACUGUUAAAAGAAACGAAUUGCAAAGUCGUCGCAGCGUUAUACUUGAAAAGCUUUCUUUUUUGAAUGAGGCCACUAAUUUUGCUAAUGAACUGCCCAUUGAUGAAAUUAGCGAAGCCAUACUGCAAGGAGAAAUGCUUAUUGCUAAUCAGCGGCUUUAAAUUAUUAAU